AUGCCCCUUCGGUUCACCUCUGCAUUUUUGCUCGGUGGCGCCAUGAAUGUGUUUGUGGGUGGUGCCGCCUACGCUGCCAGUAAAGCGUACACAAGCCCUUAUCCGCAGAAUCCAAAGAAUUCCGUUGUUUAUUUUGAUACAGCCGUGCAAGAUGGUCAUACAUGGUUUGGCACCGCAUCCACAUCACCCGUGGGGCGCAUAGAAAUGGAGUUAUUCGAUGACACGGUCCCCAUCACAGCCCGCAACUUUCGUGAACUCUGCCGUGGGUACACCAAAGCGACACCGGAAGGGAAACCAUUGCACUUCAAGGGUUCGAUUUUCCAUCGUAUCAUUCCUGAUUUUAUGAUUCAAGGUGGAGAUAUCACAAAAGCUAACGGAACCGGCGGUUGCUCCAUCUAUGGUGUGCGCUUCAAAGAUGAGUCUUUUGAGGCGAAAGCGGGCCGGCAUUGUGGUCCUGGUAUUUUGUCAAUGGCCAAUGCUGGUCGAAACACCAACGGCUCUCAGUUUUUCAUUUGUACCGUGCCGUGCCCGUGGCUUGAUGGGAAGCAUGUGGUGUUCGGGCAGGUGCUCCGUGGGUUUGAUCACGUGAGGUUAAUUGAGGGACAUGGCACACCGCAUGGGAAACCAACCAAAACGGUUAUUAUUUCUGACAGCGGAGUGCUGAAGGAACCGGCGUAG